GCCGCCAUAUUUUAGAAGAUUCGUGCAACGUAGGAUAGCGAAUGGCUUUGAAUGUCAAUACAAUGGGAUAGAGUACACGUAUAUUGCUUUUCAAUUAAACCCCGUACAUUGCCAUUGUAAAUACAGUUAUUUGGGAUAUUAAUGUUGUCUAUCUAGCUAGCUACGUCUAAAUCUGACCUGCUAUCCGGAACUUUAUAGCACAACAGAGAUUGUUUCCGGGGGGAUAAUAUUUUCUUGUUAUACACAUGUUCCCAUGUGAGCAAAAACGAUGGCUACCGGGGACAUAGGUAACACGUUGGACGACUGUUUAAAGCUACUCAACAUAAAGAACUGCACAUCCAGAACAUUUUCUUAUUGUUCACUUAGUGAAUAAAUAGAAGAGGAGAUGAGAGAUGGAGAUUUGGAAGAUGAAGAUUGGCAAGGAGAAGAACCACCCAUGCUUAAAACUGCUAUGGAUGCCUUGAGAAGGGAUAACACAGACGAGGACUCUGAUAUAGAUUUUGAUGCGGACGCAUUAGAAAAACAAGCUCAACAGAAGAAAUGCUUAGCAGGGAGAGAGUCAAACCACUGGGUCCUCCAUCAGAGGUUGAUGACCAGUUCUUCAAGGUCUCAGAGAUGGAGUCCUUUCUGGACUAUAUGGACAGAAGAGAGGGGAAGGAGGGGGAUAGUGAUGUAGACUACUUCCAUGACUUGCCCUCUGGGGAUGAAGAUGAUGGCGUAGACCUCUUCAGUGAAGAUGUUUCUUCCAAAAAAAAACAAGCACACUGAAAAGUUCCAGGAAUCUGAAGUACAAAGACUUCUUUGAUGCUGUGGAUGAUGAUCCUGUGCAAACAGCUGACCAAUCAGAUGCAGAGGAUGAGGACAACAGUAUGGAUGGACUGCAAGAAGAUGAUGAUGAAGAAGAAAAUGAGGACUUUGUUGAGGAUGACGGGUGACCUUUAACCUACCUGCAGAAAGUGAUGACAGUGAGGGAGAAGACAUGGCGGACAUCUUUGGAGGAAAGUCUCAAAAUGCAACAAAACCUGAAACCAAAUGAUCCUUUGAGAAACGACAAGACAAAGGCAAGCUUUUCCUCGAGGGCUGUUUUAGAAUAUCUAAAUUAGAUGGCUGAAAAGAUCCAGGAUUUGGAAAAGGCUGUCAUGGGAGAAAAGCCAUGGCAACUAACAGGAGAUGUGUCUGCUCAGACUCGUCCAGAGAACAGCCUUCUUGAGGUUGAUGUGGCAUUUGACUCGGCCUCCAGGAUGGCCCCUGCUGUAACAGAGGAAACCACUUUGCAGCUGGAAGACAUCAUCAAGCAGAGGAUUAAAGACCAGGAGAAGAACAAGGCUGGCGACGUGCUGGUUGACUCUGAAAAGACCUCCACAGACAAGAAACGAGAGAGACGCAAGAAGAAGAAGGUGAAGAGCAUCAAGAUGAAGGAGAAGAGACGGAAACUGAAGGACAGAACUGGAGAGAAUAAGAAACAAUCAAUGGCAGAGUGUGGCAGAAAACCUCAAACUCACAAAGGAAGGCAAAUCAACAUUAUUAAAGGAUGGGGGGAAGGAUAAAGCUCUCCGCUCCUCCUCCUCCUUCUUCUCCCAACUACAAGACCAAAUGAAGAGCCAGAUCAAAGGAGCCAAGGACCCGGGCUCCAAGAAUAAGAAACACAAAGAAGUCUCAGCCAGCAAACUCAAGUUGUAGCAUUUAUUAUGAUGCAUGUGUUAUGAUAAUUCAUAUUUCUUGGUACAGAUUUUUUUAAACAGGAAGCUGCAAUUUGUUAAACAGUGGUCGAUAGUUUGUAAUUUGCAAUAAUAAUAAAAAAACAAAGCUUGU